AGCUCAAUUCUAACGUAGACAUUCGAUGGAAGUGAAUUGCUUGAAUGUAUUAAAAAAUUAAUCAAAGUCGAUAUUGAUUGGGUGCCAAGAUCAAAAUCAAGUACAUUGUACAUACGACCGUGUCUUAUUGGAACGGAAGUAAUGUCACGUAUUAUUAGAAUAGAUUGUACAUCAGUAAUACUAUGAUUUAUUUUUGUAGCCAACGUUAGGUGUCGGUGCGCCCACAGAAUCUUUGUUGUUCGUGCUUACCGGCCCUGUGGGCCCCUAUUUUCCAACAGGUUUCAAGCCAAUAUCCUUAUUAGCCGAUCCAAACUAUGUUCGAGCGUUUCCUGGUGGUGUGGGAGAGUUUAAAGCUGGAUCAAACUAUGGUCCAACAAUUUAUGUCGGUAAAGUUGCAGCGGAACAUGGUUGUCAACAAGCACUGUGGUUACAUGGACGAGAACACUUAAUAACAGAAGUGGGGACAAUGAACGUAUUUACUUUAUUAAAAAAUAAAAAAGGAGAAAAAGAGCUUGUUACAGCUCCGCUCAACGGUUUAAUAUUGCCCGGUGUUACUCGACAAAGUGUUCUUGAUUUAGCUCGAACAUGGAGCGAACUUGUUGUAUCCGAACGCGAAAUGUCCAUGCAUGAAUUGGUCGAAGCCUAUGAUCAAAAUAGAGUUUUAGAGAUGUUUGGAGCAGGAACAGCAUGUAUCGUUUGCCCAAUAGAGCGCAUUGUCUACGAAGGAAAAAAUUUAAACAUCCCAACAAUGAAAAAUGGAGCUCCAUUGACCACAAGAUUUCUUAACGAAUUAACCGAUAUUCAGGUAGGAGAAUGCUAUAAUUGUGGAAUAUUUAUGUAG